AUGACUAACGACGAAGAUGACGGAAGAUUUUGCGAAAGAUUGUCGAUCGCCGAACACUCGAUAUCACAGAUUUCACCGAAAUCCGCCACGUUAGAUAACAGAUUAAAUAAUGCCGCAGAAUAUUCGGCGUCGAGCGUUGUUCAGUUGGAGUCCUCAGAAACAAUCAAGGAUGACACUUCGAGCUCUGUUGCAAGUGAAAAACUCGUUCGUGUCGAGAGAUCAGCAUCCCCCAUCCUGAAUGACAUCGAUCCGGUACUCUCAUCCAGCGUUAAUGACAAGCAUUUGGACCACAACGACGUGUUUCGAGACAAAGCGGGGAGGUAUUACGAAAGUAUACAACCGACAAGCUCCUUUCACGCCGCUAGCGAUAGCGAGUCGUUACGCACCGCCAAGGGAUUAGACGAAGAUACCGAUCAUUUUUUAUCGAAAAGGGGUCCUCUCGCUUCUUCGGGACCCCAAACCAACAGUCCGACCAAUGCUACUCUGACCUUCCCAACUGCAUUCCCCCCACAUCCGAAUAAUUCCCUCAAGGUAUCUGGUCCACGGCAGAAUAACAAUCCCGAUAUCCAGGACAUCAUUACGGGAAUUGUGAAAUUACUCAAUGGCAAUGUGAAUGUUCAUGCGAAUGGACAACCAGGAAACGGAAAUCGACGCCCAAGCUCGAAUCGGAUAAAUAAUCGUGGUCCCCCGAGAAUUUCGGAGACACAACCUAUUCCGGUGGAUGACAACGCGGGAACAACAAAUCGUCCUACAGUGCCUCCAUAUCCUUUUGACAGACCUGAAGGACCAAUUAGACCCUUUAUUCAAGGAGUUCCGAUCCCGGAGCAAAUUGUUCCGUCAAUGCAGCAGAAUUACAGACCGGGAUUCGUGUCACAAAAUCGUCUUCCAUGGCAGAGACCUCGACCACAAAGACCGCCAUCAAGAAGACCACUUCCGCCGUACAAACCAAUCCCGAUACCAGAAUACAAACCCGAAGAAGACGUCACCAUGCAAAAUUCUGAGACCUUGAAUGCUGGAAAUAUUAGUAUCGCGAAUCAUGAUCAUGACGAGGAUGAGUCCCAAUAUGACAUUGUGGUCGAUGGAAAUGAAGAAACGCCGGGAACGACAACAACAACGACCGAAAAUGCCCCAGAAUUGAACGAAAAUGAGGAAAGUAACGUGAAAUCUUCGAGUUCUUCAGUUAUUGAACCAACUGUGACGACAAUUAUUCAAACGACAUCCGAAGUUAAUCUCGUUCAGUCUUCUAUUGUCAAUUCCAAAGAAGAAAUUGAACCGACAACUGCUUCUAUUUCAACUUCUGCCUCAUCUUCAUCAGCUAUAGAGCCAUCUUUCACAGAAACAGUUCAAACGACAUCAGCUCAACUCAGUUCUGUAACGCCCAAAUUAGAGACAGUCGUGAAAAAUGCUUCCUCUGAGGUACCAAAAAAUACUUUACCUCCUUUUAUUAACUCAACUCCCGUAAAUCCUGGCAAAUCCACGAGUAUGGUUCUUCAUCCACGACCUGGAAUCGUCUUAGAUGAUCCCGAUUUCAAGCCAGGCGGUGGUCAAGGUCAUCUUCAUCGUCCCAGACCCCAUCAGAAUCGAAUUCCAAUUCAACCGACUCGUCCUCCGGGUUAUGGCGAGAUUUUUGACAUCACAUUAUCCGCCAUUCAAGGUCCCGGUGGCGGCGGAACGAAACAAACGGUGAAUUUGAAUCAACUCGGACAUCACGGGCAAAUUGCGCCAACAAUUGUCGAUGAAGCUGAUAUCAUUAUCUCUCCGAGUGGCGAUCAAGGAUCCGUUUUUAUCGAUGGAAAACGGACUUAUAUCAGCUUAUUUGGCGAAGAAACCGAACAAAUUCCGAAUAUCGCGCCAACAAAGUCAUCAGCUCCUCCCCUAGUUCGUGCCACGACACAUAAUCCACUUGCUGGCGUCACAGGAACGGGAUAUGCCGUCGCUGAAACAGAAAAACCUGUCUCGAAAGCUCCUGGUUAUGGGCAACAGCAACGCCCUCAUCAUCGUCCUCGACCGCCACCGCAACAACCGCCCGUGCGAAUUGACACUUGCAUCGUUGGCGACGAUUCCACUUGUGAUCUCGCGCAAAAUGAAAAGUGUCGCACCGAGGGAGGCGUUUCGAGUUGUCAUUGUCGUCCUGGGUAUGCGCGUCGUAAGCAUCGUGAACCAUGUCGGAAAAUUGUGUCAAUUUUGAUGUCGCUUCGUGUGGAUCGGAUUUACGAAAGACGUGUCGCGUGGGAUCGCCAAUUGUCGGAUCACACAAGUGAGCCUUACAAAAAGUUGAGUUUUGAAACGUUGAGAGCUGUGGACUCGGCAAUGCAAAUGACGCCGUUUUCGGAUGAGUUUAUGGAAGCAAAGGUCAAUAGGAUUUACGAUGGAGAUGCGAGUAAGGGAACGCCUGGUGUUUUUGUCAAUGUUACGUUGAGACUGGAGGAAAAUGGACAAACACUGAGUCCGUCGUUGAAGAAUGACGUGCAAAGACAUCUUUUGGGAGUCAUUCAUCGACGGAAUAAUAAUAUUGGUAACUCGGCGUUGUAUGUGGAGAGUCCACCGGGUUCUGUUACUAAUUUACAAGAUUUGGACGAAUGCACAUCGCCCGAUCUCAAUGACUGCAAUCCACAUGCCAGCUGCACAAACGUUUGGGGCAGCUUCCGUUGCGAAUGUCAUGCUGGUUUCCGUGAUCCGUGGGCCGAUCAACCACAACGAGCGGGUCGCGAAUGUCACACCUGCCCCGAUUCGCAUUGUAAUAAUCGCGGAACUUGCAGUUAUGACAACAAUGGAGCUCAACAAUGUACCUGCAACGGCCAAUAUUACGGAGCUCAAUGCGAAGUUGAUGGAGAAGUGUUGGGAGUAGCGAUUGGAGCGUCCGUCACUGCAGUCGUCAUCAUCGUUUUGACUCUUGUUUGUCUCGUCAUGUGGAGUCGCCGAUGGCAAAAAGAACAAAAAGCAGCAAUGGGAAGUCCAAUUUUCGGAUAUAUGGGCAACGGAACUGUCAAAACACCAGUUAUGGGUCAAACACCUUACCAAGUGACGCUUGAGGAUCGUAUGCGAUGGGCACAAAUUGCUGAUGUGAUGGCUCAAUCGAAUCUUUAUGCGGCUGAACCAGUUGCUGGAUCGACUCGUCCCUCCUCAGCAGUGUUUGGAUAUCCAACUCUUCAUACGAUGGGCAGCAUUGGUGGCAUGUCACUAGCAGGAACUUUGCCAAUCCACACUGGAAAUCUUCCGCCAGUACCUCUGCCAAGACUCAACCUUACUCGUCCAUCGGGCAUGAGAACUCUCGAAAACAGCAGUUCCAGCGAGGAAGAAGAUCGCACAGAUCUCCUAGGACGCAACUUCCAAGUUCCCCGACCAAAAAGUCGAAGUAAUGCGAGCAUAGCGGGUCAAUCGGGCAUCUAUUAUGACGUCGAAUACGAACCAUCUGGCAUGGAUCUGUAUAAUAGUAACAACCAAAAUCGCCAAGGCACCAUUGGCAACGGUGGUGUUGGCAUCCCCUUGAGUACUUAUGGUGCCUCCUAUUACAAAUAA